CGGACGAUCCCCUACCAGCGUCUGUCAGACGGAAUCAUCGCGAUGAAGAUCCAAGCAGCCAUCUUCGCCCUCGUCGCCCUGGGCACAGCGACAGCUGCCAAUCUACCUAGCAGUUGGAAAACCUGCAAGAGAGAUUCUCAAAACUACAACACGUGUCUGAAAGAAGCCACGACCGGGGUGCUCAAGGAACUCAAGAGUGGAAAUUCUGCGCUUAAACUUUCACCGUUGGACCCAGUCCGUAUCGAGAAGAUCACGCUGAAACAGGGCGCAGGGACUGCUGUCGGGCUGACGAUCAACUUUAAAAACCUCAUCAUCAAUGGCCUCUCCAACGGCAAAGUCGAGUCGAUGAACAUCAAUCACAAAAAGCGCGAGAUCACGAUCGACUACAGCUUACAGAGCCCGUUGAAAAUGCAAGGCGACUACACAUCCAAAGGGAGGAUCCUACUCAUCCCGCUCAACGGGGUCGGCAAGAGCACACUAGUUUUCGACGACUUUAAAGGAAAAUGCGUUCUUCGAUGCAAGAGCGUGAAGAAGGGCGGACAGGAGUUCUGGGAGGUUCUUAAGACCGACAUUAACAUCGAAACCUCCAGGCUGCACUUGAAUUUCAAGAGAACGCAGAACAUCAACGAAGGACUGGGUGCCAACCUGAACACAUUCUUGAAUGAGAACUGGAAAGAGAUCCUCCAAGACCUGAAACCGGCCAUAUCUAAGGAGUUUGGAUCGAUUUUCAAGAACUACGCCAAUUCGUUGUUCAGCCAAGUACCAUUCGAUCAAAUCUCACCUGCUUAAAAAGCUGACUGCAUUUACUGUCUUUUAAUGUGAUAUUUAUAUAAAUAGAAAGUAUUUAAAUUCUU